AUGGCAUCAGAUGCUGCAACUGCGGCAGCGAUAAAGAAAGCAGAAGAGGAACGGAAACUGAAUGAAUGGCUCCCAGUUACGUCGUCUAGAGACGCAAAGUGGUGGUACUCGGCUUUUCAUAAUGUCACUGCCAUGGUUGGCGCUGGCAUUCUCGGCCUCCCCUUCGCCAUGUCUGAGCUCGGAUGGGGUGUUGGGGUUACUCUAAUGGUUUUAUCGUGGGUGAUUACUCUCUAUACCUUAUGGCAAAUGGUGGAGAUGCAUGAGUGUGUUCCUGGUAAAAGGCUUGAUCGAUAUCACGAGCUAGGCCAAGAAGCCUUUGGCAAGAAGCUCGGUCUUUGGAUAGUUGUUCCAUUACAACUUACGGUUGAACUUGGUUGCUGCAUCGUCUACAUGAUUACUGGUGGCAAGUCCAUCAAGAAAGCAGUCGACAUUUUAUUGCACGAUGGUGGCCCACCCAUCAGAACCACGUACUACAUUAUGAUGUUCGGCGCUGUCCAGUUCUUCCUCUCCCAUCUCCCUAAUUUCAACUCCAUCACUGGCAUCUCACUACUUGCGGCUAUUAUGUCCCUCGGUUAUUCUGCUAUGGCAUGGGCGGCUUCUUUACAUAGAGGGGUUCAACCCGAUGUUGAGUACACCUCAAGGCAAUCAACCACCACUGGCAAGACGUUUGCAUUCUUAUGUGCAUUAGGGGAUGUAGCCUUUGCUUUUGCUGGUCAUAAUGUUGUCUUGGAGAUCCAAGCAACCAUCCCUUCAACACCCGAUAAGCCUUCUAAAAAACCCAUGUGGAAAGGGGUUGUUAUCGCGUACAUUGUGGUUGCUUUGUGCUAUUUUCCUGUGGCAUGGGUCGGGUACUAUAUAUUUGGUAAUCAUGUUGAAGACAAUAUUCUCAUUUCACUCGAACGUCCUCCAAUUCUUAUUGCUACCGCGAACAUUUUUGUUCUUGUUCAUGUUAUUGGAAGCUAUCAGGUCUUCGCAAUGCCGGUAUUUGAUAUGGUGGAGUACUUUUUGGUGAUAUCGAUGAAAUUUAAACCAACUAAAUUCCUACGAUUUGUGGCAAGAAAUGUUAUUGUUGCCUUCACUAUGUUCAUUGGCAUGACAUUUCCAUUUUUUGGAGGUAUUUUGGGUUUGUUAGGAGGUCUUGUUUUUGCUCCAACAUCAUACUAUCUUCCUUGUAUCAUUUGGCUAAUCUUGAAAAAGCCCAAGAAGUUUAGUCUUGAUUGGUGUAUAAAUUGGGCAUGCAUACUUUUUGGGGCGUCAUUGACGGUUUUAGCUCCCAUUGGUGCAAUGCGACAGAUAAUAUUGACUGCGAAGGACUACGAGUUUUAUUCAUGAUCACAAAAGUAAUAGUGUUUUUGAUUUUUGAUAUUGGUCUUAGUAUCUGGAGUUGGGCUCAAUUUAUUUUUAGAGUUCCCUUCGAGAU